CUUAAAAUUAUAUCAUAAAAUAAGAUCCUAAUCUAAUCCAACUCCCGCCUGUCGACUUCGUCUUCGUCCAUCGUCCUCGUCGGCCGACAUCUUCUUCAUUUUCCUCGACCUCCAGCUUUGCCUUCGUCCUCAUUGGCCGAUUGACCAGAUUGAAGCUCGAUUCGGACGGAAACACGCAUAUACCGUCGGAAACAGGUGAAGGCCAACGCAAGCCCUGGAUUGUCACUUUCCUCAAUAGAUCUUGUUUUGAUAGGAUUUCUGCUUCUAAUUUCGUUUUAAUUUAUUGUUUUAGUUUUAUAUUUUUUGGGGGGAUUUGAUUGAGGAUUUUAUCUUAUCUCUGGCUAAUUGUUAUGGACUGACGGUUUUUGUUCUGAUUUGAGGAAUUCGACGUAGCUUUUCGCGAAAUUGUAUUAGGGUUUAAAAAUUGAUGAGCGUUAUAGUUCAGUCUCGAUUGUUGACUUGAUAAUUGGUUUGUAGAGCAAGUUCUAAGUAAAAUCUCGUUGUUGAAUGUCAGUUUAAUUUUAUAUUGAUUGCGAUACAGGGUUUUCUUACUUCAGUUUUUUACCCGAUCUUUUACAAUUUUCCUUAAAAAAACACCACGCUCAAUACAUGAUUCUAGCUCUUCAGCAGAUAGAAAUUCCAGCCUCUUCUGCAAUGGCCGCCCCUUUCAGAUCAAGGGAUGGGUUAAGCACGAGACCAGCGGCAUACGGUGGCAGUUCCGAUGAAAUUCAGUUACGAAUCGAUCCGAUGCACACUGACUUCGAAGAUGAGGUCUCUGGACUGCGGAGCCAAGUUCGAAAACUUCGAGAUGUAGCUCAAGAAAUUGAGACAGAAGCAAAGUUCCAAAAUAAUUUCCUCAACGAUCUGCAAAUGACGUUGAUUAAAGCUCAAGCAGGGGUGAAGAACAACAUGAGGAGACUAAACAAGAGUAUCAUUAAAGAAGGGUCAAACCAUGUCAUGCAGGUCAUUCUUUUUGCACUCGUACUGUUUUUUGUCGUCUAUUUCUGGUCUAAAUUUACUCGUAGAUGAACAGAUGCAAUAUAUAAUGUUGUGUGCUCGAUCAUGCUGACUGUUUGUGAUGUUGCAACAAAGGAUCAAAAUGUGUACUUGUAAAGGAUUGAAUUAGUACCGGUUUAUAUAGAUAGUUGCUUGCAGAUU